CGAACCGUGUACGGUGUGUAAUCAGCCGUAUACGCGCACUAGCAUGCGGCGACAUAUGGAGACCCAUGGACUUGCUGAGGAGCGGCUGGCGUUUGCCUGCAGUAUCUGUAACAAGCGGUUUACGACGAACUGGAACCUGAAACAGCAUAAGUGGACGCACGCAAACCCAACCAUGAAACCGUAUCAGUGCACGCUCUGCCCUAGCGGCUUUGUGCGCCAUUCCGACUAUGUGACACACGUGAACGCACACCGCUCGGUUCGGCCGUAUACUUGCAAUCACUGUGGUCGUCAAUUUAUUAGGAAAUAUAACUGGAUACGGCACACGCGGGAACACGAAAGCGACAAAGGGCAUCGGUGCGAGGAUUGUGGGCGAAAGUUUCAUCGCAAGUAUUAUCUGACUGAGCAUCGGCGUAUUCACACCGGUGAGCGACCAUUUUCCUGCAACAUCUGCGGCAAAACGUCUGCGACGAAGACGAAUCAUAACAAGCAUGUGCGGAUUCACCAUGCGCGCGAUCCGCUAACUGCCGAGGGCUAAGGUAGAGACCACAAGAAUCAGGUUAAUCACUAUAUCUAAUUCUUCUACUUCCUUCAAUGAUGGGCAAAUGAAAUGAAAUGAACAUAUUAUAGAACGAAGUACCACGUCGUACGCAGAGCAUGACGGACUAGCCAAUUUGAGCACUCGUCAUGAGCAGUUGCCGACCAAUAAGAUUGAACAUUUGCUUUGCUAGAACAAGGAGAAUUACCGUUCUUAAGUUGAAAAUAUCGUCUUGCCUUGUGGUUUGAUGCAAGAUAAAGGUUUUGCAUAUUUAGUAAGAACCGCGUCACACUCGUACUGGUUUGGGCCAGUAUAUAGUAGUAUAUUGAUUGCCCCUUUAAUCCGUUCCGUUUAUUACGUAUUGUUUUGGCAUGCUCGUGAGUCGAAAAAUAUUUAUCACACCUGCAACGGUGAAUUUAUUGCUUGCGACAGUUAAAAACAAACAAUAAGAACAUUACAAAUGAUUUCUGAUCUACAUACGGUUACUUCGUACGCACUGUAACAUUUAGUCAUUUAUGAAGCCACAGUCGCGAUCUACGGCAUCACUUAAUUAUCUACCAAUUGUGUCCUGGCGAAGUAGCCAUCAUUCACAUGCAAAUGAAUAAGGGGGUUGUGGUGUGGUGAUUGAUUGAUUUAAAUAGAACAUUCUACAUCGCUAUCUUCGGAAAUGUAAGCAAAUGACAUAUUAAGUUUACGUGAUGCAUCAAAGUAGUCCUUGUAUAUUUGGCUAAGUAUAUUUGUUUUUCUUGUGUCCAUAAAGUUGAAUCGAAUAAGAGUAACUGCAACAUAAAGAAGAAAAAAAAAUGCGUAAGGUAGGGUUAUGCCAGGGCAUACACUUCUCUUGUACAAAUUGUCUGUUCUAUAAUGCCGUUGGUCUGGAUAAUCUUGACUUUAGGUGUGCUGCUAAUUACAGGCAGCCUAUGGCAACAUAUAGCUCGUAGCGUCUAGGCAAAAAAACUCAAUCCGACGGUUGUAGAGCAAGAGGUGGAAUACAUAUUAGAACGAUAUUGCUUUAGUGUUGACGCUAGUGAGCAUAAACGAUAAGAGCAGCACGUGGCGUCGUUACAUUAGGAGGUACACUCGUAAGUAAAUAAAUUCAUGUACAGGAUAAGGGAAAACCGGCUAGGUCCACCUAGCAUGCGCAAACGUACUACACGUUUACUGUAACGUACUACAGGGUAUGUUCCUCAUACGCAUGCACUAUAAAAAGGAAAACGCCCAACAAACAAAAACCAUCACGUGCAACUCGCCAGCUAUAUCACAAAUAAAAUGUCUAAUGAAAAUGAA